CUUAAAAAGUUUUGUAUAAUCGAGGGCCUAGGGCAAAUGUUUUUCUAAAUACAUGGUUAGCACGGCUCUGGUUAGAGGGUGUGACAUGCAACAGAGCAGGAGCUAUGUAUCUAUUCCCUUGCAUUAACCUUCCACAAAAGGUCAUCGCAGCUGCAGAAGCUGCAAAGACAGAACCAGACGCGUUUUACUGCAAACGCCUUUUAAACGCUACUGGAAUAGUCGUGGUCCCUGGCUCUGGCUUUAGACAGGUACCUGGCACAUGGCAUUUCAGGUGCACUAUACUUCCUCAAGAAGAUAAGAUUCCUUCAAUCGUAAACCGUCUCACUGAGUUCCACAAGAAAUUCAUGGAUGAGUUCGUCAACUAA